UCAGCGGCAGUCACCAUGCCACAAAAUGAAUAUAUUGAAUUACACCGUAAAUGCUAUGGAUAUCGUUUGGAUUACCAUGAGAAAAAGAGAAAAAAAGAAAGUCGUGAGGCUCAUGAAUGUUCAAAGAAGGCAAAAAAAAUGAUUGGUCUGAAGGCUAAGCUCUACCAUAAACAGCACCAUGCUGAGAAAAUACAAAUGAAGAAGACUAUCAAAAUGCAUGAAAAGAGAAACACCAAACAAAAGGAUGAUGAGAAGACUCCACAGGGAGCAGUCCCUGCCUAUCUGCUGGACAGAGAAGGACAGUUCAGAGCAAAAGUACUUUCCAACAUGAUUAAGCAAAAGCGAAAAGAGAAAGCGGGAAAAUGGGAAGUCCCUUUGCCCAAAGUCCGUGCCCAGGGAGAAACAGAACUAUUAAAAGUUAUUCGAACAGGAAAAAGAAAAAAGAAGGCAUGGAAGACGAUGGUUACUAAAGUCUGCUUCGUUGGCGAUGGCUUUACAAGAAAACCUCCUACAUAUGAAAGAUUCAUUAGGCCAAUGGGCUUACGCUUCAAGAAGGCCCAUGUAACACAUCCUGAGCUCAAAGCCACCUUUUGCCUGCCAAUACUUGGUGUGAAAAAGAAUCCCUCAUCACCACUAUAUACAACUUUAGGUGUAAUUACCAAAGGUACAGUUAUUGAAUUGAAUGUGAGUGAGUUGGGCCUGGUGACACAAGGAGGCAAGGUUAUUUGGGGGAAAUAUGCACAAGUAACCAACAAUCCUGAAAAUGACGGGUGCAUAAAUGCAGUCUUGCUGGUUUGACAGCGUCUCACACACCUAACUCCUGACCAUUAUCGAAGACUACAAAGCCAAUCAGGAAAACUACCAUGACUACAAUGUUUCUGAAUAUUGCCAAGCAGCAUUAGUAUCUAUAAUCAUCAAGCAAAGUAU